AUGGCUAUCACUGACCAACAAGAUGCGAAUUCUGCUAAUACGAGUACCACGAUACCUCCGAGUACGGGAAUUGAUCCAAGUGAUCCCCUGUAUUUGCACCCUUCCGAUAAUCCUGGAGCAAUGCUUGUAUCUGUCUCACUUGAUGGGAUAGGAUAUAGAUCCUGGAGGCGUAGUGUUCUUCGUGGAUUGUCCGUAAAGAACAAAUUAGGUUUUGUCAGUGGGGAAUGCAAACAACCAAAUCUGCAAUCCCCAAAUUAUAGGCAGUGGGAACGAUGUGAUAACAUGGUAACAUCGUGGAUCUUAAAUUCUCUUUCCAAAGAGAUUGCGGAUAGUGUGGAAUAUGCGAGUGAUGCUGUUGAAUUGUGGAAGGAGCUGAAGGAUCGCUAUGAACAAACCAAUGGAGCUAGGCUAUAUCAAAUUCAGAAGGAAAUUAAUGAUCUCUCUCAGGGAGUCCUUGACAUCACUGGGUAUUACACUAAGCUGAAAAAGCUAUGGGAAGAAUUGAAUACUCUGAACAAAAGGACUCAGUAUAGUUGUGUUUGUAGCUGUGGGGCAAAGGAAGGCAUGUACAAGGCUGAACAAGAUAGAAGAUUAAUACAGUUCCUCAUGGGACUUAAUGAGGUGUAUACUGUAGUUCGAGGAAGACCAAGUCCUUUUAGAACCAAUUUUUCACCAAAUUACAACUACUCUGGAAACAACGGAGGUCGUCCUAUGUGUGAUUUUUGCAAGAGACCAGACCACACUAGAGAUAAGUGUUACAAACUGCAUGGAUAUCCACAAAAUGGGCAGAACUCUACACGAUAUCCUCAGAGUACUCAGAACUCCAAUCAGAAUUUUAGAUCCAACAGAGGAAAGAGGAUGGUGGCAAAUGUGCAGGGAGUGCCAGCUGAUGCAAUGACAAGCAAGCUUGAUGAAUGUGAUGGCCAAAAUGAGAACCAGAAUGUGAAUUUGACUAAGGAACAAUAUGGACAACUUGUUAACCUGCUACAACAUUUCCAACUUGGCAAUGAUGCAGAGAACUCUAACAACUCAAAUCCUACCAAUGCUGUGAACUUUUUAGGUAUUGUUGUUUGCACAUCCUCCAUUGAUUUUGAUAAACUGUCUUGUAGAUGUUUUAAAUCAAAGACUGACGCAUGGAUACUAGAUUCAGGAGCCUCAAACCACAUCACCUUUAACAAAUCCAUAUUGUCUGAUAUUAUAACCUUGCCUUAUCCUCUUUUAGUUGUUUUACCAAAUGGCUAUAAAGUGAAGGUGACAGAAAUUGGAAAUGUAAAACUUGCACCUGAGAUCACUCUAUAUAAAGUUCUUCACAUUCCUUCAUUCAAAUUCAAUCUUAUUUCUGUAUACUGGUUGAGCAAACACCUAAGAGGUAUGACUUCUUUCACUGACAACACUUGUCUUCUGCAGGCCCCUUCACUGAAGAGACAUCUGGAGAUUGUACCAAAAAUCUACGGAGAUAAAUUUGAACCAAGAACAACACCUCAUGUUUUUGUAGGGUAUCCCUUUGGCACAAAAGGUUACAAAGUAUUGAACUUAGCCACCAAAAGAAUCCAUAUUUCCAGAGAUGUAGUAUUCCAUGAGUCUGUUUUUCCCUUCACUUUCAAUUCCAAGUCUCCCUCUUUUCCUUCAAUUCUUCAUCCACCUCCUCUCAGUCCCACAGUUGAUACCAACAUAGAGCUACCCUCAGAAAGAAUUGUGAGUGAUCAAAGGAAUGCAUACAAUACACCCAAUGCUAUGUCACCUUCUCCUUCCACUCCUUCUUCUACUGAUCAUGUACACUUUUCACCUUCACCUGCCCCUGCAGACUCAUCACCAACACAGAAUGCUUCCAUUCCACAUAUCUCCAACUCACCUCCAAUACAGCACACUACUGAUCCAAUUCCACUCUUGAAAAGGUCAUUAAGAGAACAUAAAACACCUACAUACCUGAAAGACUACAUAUACUCUGUGCAUCAACCUGCCUUACAUGAACAAACAACUGCACCUAAACAUUUUGAUUUUUCUCUGAAUGCACUAUUCUCUAAACAUCAUUACAUUUCUGCUAACACUCUAGUCCAUGAUAGUCAGUCUUUGGUGAGUAGCAUAUGCAAUGAUAGUGAACCAUCUUCUUUUGAGGAAGCUGCCAUCAAUCCUGCUUGGCAAACAGCUAUGGUUCAGGAAUUUGAAGCCCUUUAUGCCAAUAACACAUGGGAUUUGGUACCACUGCCCCUGGGAAGAAGGCAAUUGGAUGCAGUUGCAGUAAAGAGUGGGUGGAACAUCUUCCAACUAGAUGUAAACAAUGCAUUUCUUCAUGGUGAUUUGCAUGAAGAAGUGUACAUGGAAGUCCCUCCAUGA